AUGGCUCGAGGACAACAAAAAAUCCAGUCUCAAGCGAAGGCUGCUGAAAAAGCAGCAAAAGCCAAAAGACAGCAGGGGCAUAGUGCCAACGACCAAAAGAAAGCAGCUCAAAAAGCAUUAGUUUAUGUUUGUGCAGUGUGUAAGGCUCAGAUGCCGGAUCCUAAGACGUAUAAGCAACAUUUUGAAAACAAACACCCGAAGAAUACCCUCCCUGAGGAGCUAAAGAAUGAGACCGCCUGA